AUGGGUAAUUGCCAAUGCGAUAGAGCAAAUAAAGAAGAUUUUGAGACAUAUGCACAGACGAGCAGACUUCAAUAGCAUCCUGACUACUAUAAAAAUUUCAAGGAACAAUAGAAUGAUGAUGAUGACCUGGAUUUUUAGAUGUCUGAAUUGAAUGCCAUCCAUAAUACUACUGAUUCGUUAGCAAAUAAUACUUAUCAUCCCGCAGUUCCUCUAAAAAUUAGUAAUAUUCCCAAAAUAAUGAGAAUGGAUGCUUCUGAAUUGGAAUACUCAAGAGAUUUGACUCAAGGGACAGCUUCAAUUUUAAGGAAUAGUUAUACACCUUUGAAUUCCAAUUUCCUAAGCUCGGGCUAGCCUUUAGAAGUUAUGCAAUAAGAUAUUGAUAAUAAAAAUUUAUCAUUUAGAGACAUGUGUCCAAUGAUGGUAGAUUAUAACUAGUCAUAGUAGCACCUUCAAAAUUCUGAAAGAACUAUAGUAAAUUUCCAAAAUUCAUCAUAUAAGGGAGUAAUAAACACAAUAGAUGAAAGCAAAUUUAUCUCAGCUUUCGAUUACAGGAAAAUUGAAAUCCUAAAUUAGAAAUAUGAUCCGAUACUCUUUUAAGGAGAGCUGUUGAAGUUAAAACCUGGAGUAAAAUUUGAAUUUUAACCGCGCUGGAUUUAAAUUACUGGUAAAGCCCUUAGAUAUUAUAAAAAUAGAUGGACUAAGAAUAAUUCAUUAUAAAAACCGUUAGGAGCUGUUCCUAUCAAAGCCCUUCAUUCAAUUAAAGUAUUGGAGAAGGACAUUACAAAAAUCCAUGCAUCUUGUGAAAAAAAAUGUCAAUAUAAUUUUGAAAUAGUGCUUAAGUAAGAUUUUCUAGAUCUUUAUCUUGACCCUUAUUAUGAUAUUGUCUCGUCCUCAGAUAAAAAUAAACUUAUUAUUUCAACUGAAAACAGAAAAUUGGAGCUUUCUAGAUUUUAGGAUUAAGAUGUGGAUUAUUAUUCUGAUCCCAUUAGAAAAGAGGUUGUCAUUUAAAAUUACUUGAACGAGACUUAAGAAACUAAAUCCACUUCAAAUUCUCAAAUGCUGAUUUUAAAUGAAGAUCAGCCUUACAACCAAGGAAUCAUGAUUGGAGAGGAGAAUAUAUUUAGCACAGCAACUCAUCACCACAGAGUUAGUAGCAUUCCACUUCAAGAUAUAACUAUGCAAAACUCAUCUAAGAAAUCGAUAAGUAUAUAUCAUUCUCUUUCAACUACUCCUGAGAAAAAAAAGAAAUAAACCAAAAUCUUAAUGAGCGACAGAGAGGAGUAGUUCUUUUUAAUCGAUAAAAGGCUUAUCUUUGCUACUGAAAAUAAGAAAGAUUUUUAGUAAUGGCUUGAAGGUUUAAGUGAUCUCAUAAAAAUCUUUAGACAAGAGGAAAUGUAGUGA